UGAAGUGUCGUGUGAGAACCAAUCCAAUUGUGAGGUAGAACCGGCUUCUUAGCGCUUUAGCCAGUCCGCCGCAUAUCCCGAUCGAUACAGGCCCAUUUAUCCGGCGAAGACAGCGAAACACCGGGAAUCAGGAUGUGGUUACGACGGGCCAAUUUACCUCUCUUAACGCUGCUCAGCGCGGUGCUAACGCUGUCCAACGGACAGCAGACGGCGACGAGCCCAAGCAUCGCGUUUAUCAGCCCGGAGCAGAUUCGGGACAUCGGCGAACAAGUGACGCUCAACUGCUCGAUCGCGAAUGUGAAGAACUACAUCGUCGGCUGGCAGAAGAGCAACCGGGAUCAGACGAAGCAGAACAACAUCAUCUCGCUCGGUGUGCAGCUGGCCGUGGCUGAGGACCGUUUCCGGCUUAACUUCACCAAGGAGAACAACGCCGCCAACUAUGUGCUGGAGAUCCACGACAUUGUCGCUACCGAUGCGGGCCUGUACGAGUGCCAGAUUCAGGUGAACAGCACGAGCAAGCUGACAAAAACGGUCGAGUUGCAGGUGCGCCAUCCGCCGAUGUUGCUUGAGAAUCAACACACCAAUAUGCUCACGAAAGCGGAAGGCGAGGAUGCACAGUUGGUUUGUCGAGCGGAAGGAUACCCACGGCCGGCUAUCACCUGGCGGCGUGAGUAUAACGCCAUCCUGCCCGUCGGUGGCCAAACGUUCGCGGGCCAUGAGCUGCGUCUGAAUGGAUUGCGUCGGGAGGAUCGCGGCACAUACUACUGCACUGCGGAUAAUGGUGUUGGUCGACCGGAUACGAAGGCGCUUACGCUUGAGGUGGAGUUUGCGCCUGUUAUCCGAGUACCGCGACCUAAGGUGGCACAGGCUCUUGACUACGAUAUCGACGUUGAGUGUGUGGUGCAGGCAUUCCCAGCACCUGCCAUCGCUUGGUAUCGAGGUGGCAAGCAAAUUCAUAAUGGAGGCGCAUAUAGCAUUGCUCAGAUUGGCGCACCGGAUGAUGUGACCACAUCGGUGGUUAAGAUCCACUCGGUUGCUUCGGAACACUUUGGAGACUACGUCUGCAAGGCGUCGAAUAAGCUUGGACAGGCUGAGGCCAGGUUGAAUCUGUUCGAGCAAGACGUACCGAACAUCAACUACUCCGGCCUGAAGUGGACCAGUGGCAGCACUCCGACUUCGAGCGUUAUGCUCGGGCAGCUGUUCAUUGUCACGAUAACGCUGCUGUUGGCCACGUUGUUGUGA